CAGUCAGUCCCGCGGUGCCUCGGCGUGGAGCUGGUGGACGCGCUCGUGUUGUUAGGGUUAUCACACGUCCUGGAGCCUCCGAGGAGCGAGAGGAGAGGCUGGAGGAGCGCUCAGGAGGCCUUCGGUGUUGUCGGGCGGCGCUGCUGGGACCCGUAUCGCGCUCGCAUCUUCCUGCCUCUGCGGCGGGAGACGGCUCUACCUGUGCUUCGUGUUUCGUUGAGGUGUAUCGCUGAAAUGGCUUCUAAAUGGAACGUCGGCGAUAGUUUACAUCCGCUGUGACUGAUAGGCGCCGAUGGAUAACGACUCGGCCAGCCUCUGCGUGCGUGUUUCAUGAACUUUAGCAUCCUCAAAAGUAAACCUGCAUGAGAAUAAAAGUGCAUGGUGCUUCAGACCCCACCGGACCUCCCGCGGGAGCGGUUGUAUGUAGGACUUCUCUCUCAGUGCCCGUGUGGAUAAACGGAAAAGUAGAUUUGAAAGAGGCUGUAUAGUGGUACUUAUCCUGAGAGUCAGUGUUUAAAAUAGAUAAUUGAACAAGAUAUUAGUGAAAAAAAGAAAAAAGAGACAAUAAAAAUCAAAAGUGUUUUUGACUGAAUUAAAGGCCAGCAGUGUACCGUUGGACGCCGUGUUAGGAAAUAUUAGAUUGGGGCCAAGAAAGUGUCACACCGCGAGCGCUGCGGGUGGGUUUUGCAACACCCGCCGGACCAGUGUGCGCCCCUCAGAAUACCUACCUCCAGUUGCAUCUUGAGAUAGACGUCAUUAAUUCCAGGCGUCGUCGGGGACUUACCGCCAUAUCUGGGCCUCGUGAAACCGGCAUUACAUAGCAGGGGGCAUUGUGGGCGGUUAGUUGGUGGCUCGGGAUUGCCGCGUUCUGACGUGAGGCUGCGUGUGGACGUCGUGUUCGUUGUUCGUUCGAGAAAGGAGGAAAAGAAAGAUAGCUUGCAUCACAUAGCUCGCAUCUCUUGAUCCGCCUGGUGUUUAUCAUAGCAUGCUGCAUUUGGCCGCGAGUGUUCUUGAUAUUCAGCACAGAUUGCAUCCGAAUGAGGAAGAUGAAAACAGCAUGCUUACAGAGACCGGACAAGUUGAUAAACAAAUUUCGAUCGAACAACCGAACACAACCGUACAGACGCAAGCCGGGGAGCUAGUCGAGGUAGACGUGGAGAGUAGAGUAGAGUGUCCGACGGAGGAAAAAGCUCCCGACGAGGAGCCAACACGGCCUUCUUCAGGUAAGACCACAAUGCAGUGUGAAACGAUGGACGCCAAUAGUGUAGCGAGCGCUUUAAGUGUGGAUGUUCGACCGAAGGAGGAGAGUGAGGAGGGCGGUACCCAUCAGGAGGAACCUCUGCGAUCCCUCAGUCCGCAGAGUCAGACCUCCACCGUCGCGUCUUCCUCUUCCGGCAGUCCGACGGAGGCGCGGGAGGAGAUGGUGUUCGAGGAGGACGAGAAGUGCGUGCAGGGCGGGUCGUACCUGAAGGCCUCCACCCACCACGACUCCAUCAUGACGGACAGUGGCAUCUCCGAACACGACGCCACCGAGUCCGACUCCUCGUCAGAGUCCCUCGGGCAUGAAGAAGAGGUGACGGCGGAACCUCAGGCUCCCUCUCUGACUGUGGAAGCAUGCCCCACUCAGGCAGAAGCCCCUACAGCUGGGGAAGGUAUUACCGCGACGCCGGAAGAAACACAAGACAGCGACAGGCUAGACAGGUCGUGGUUUGAUCCGUCGUCGAACGAUUUCUUCAUCACCAGUGACUUAACAGAUAACAGUAACUUCGUGGCGGAAUUCGAACCGCACAAAGAAAUCUUUGACGAGUUGAGCAGCCCGAGAGGCGAGGCCAGCAAGAUCCGAAUCAAGCAGCGGGCGACGAGCAGGAAUCACAAGGCACGACAAGCAGCAAAGGGUGACGUGACCUACGACCCGGCAGCGAGCGACGCCUACGCCCCUUGCAGGGUGGAUGACUGCAAGAAGACGAAAGUAAAGGCGAGAAGGAAUGAGGAUUUUGACGAUCUUCUCUUGGCGUCUGAUGGCGAAAUGAUCACAAGAGAGGCUUUCUACAUGGAGGUCUUAUCCCCCCUCGCGGAAAUCGAGAAUGACAUGUCGAUAUUCGAUUAUGAAUUUGAGAUGAGGGACGACUCCUGGGGCACGGAGACGAACGAGCCGUACUUCGACGUGCGAACCGGACAGAGGAUCCUUUCCACGAUAUACGAAUUUGAAGUCAGUUCCGACGAGGAAGACGACGAUGACGAUGCCCCGUUCGCGCUGUCGAAUUUCCGCGUCGAAGACCACCUUCAAAACAUCCAAACAAACAAAACGAGCGAGACGGAAAAUGGGGAGGUCUUGCGAGUCAACAAUGAUGUAGCAACAAAUGGGAGGGACGAGAAUAUCCGUGAUAUCAAAGCUAUAGAAAUUAGUGACGACGUACCACUCCCUGUCCUUGAGAACAAGGAAGUGGAUAAGACCCUAAUAUCAGACUUACCAGCUAACAAAAUGUGUGCCAGUGCAAAAAAUCACAUAAACGCCUCUCAUGAUCAAAACCACAACGGCGAAAUUAAUGACCAGGUAUCCUGCGCUGGAAAGCACGAGGCACGCUUGGCCACCGAGCGGUUAUGCAAUCUCCAGAGUGAAGAUCACGAGGCAGGGAAGGACGUCAGAGGCACGCCGAUGCGCGAGACGCUCAGUGAAUCCGAAGCGGAGUCGUCUGCUCGGAUAGGUGUGCGGGAUAUCAGUGAAAAAGAUAGAACAAAUGAGAUGGCAGAUGUUGAAGUAAAUGACGUUGGUAGUCUUGCUUCUCCACAGAACCAUACUAAUCCUGAAAAGUCUAGUCAUGCUGAGGACACAGAUUUAAGAGACGCUAAUUUAGUAAGUAAUCCAAAUAUGGACGAGUUUGUUAGCGGCAGUAGAGAAUGUUUAAGAAAGCUAAGCAGCUUUGGCCCGAACCCUUUGCUAGUGUUGUCCGCACCAGGUGACGACGGGGCCGAGGACAGUUUAAACUGCUUUGGUCCGAACCCCGUGCUAGUAUUAUCUCCCGGCAGUGGUGGUGCAUCAGGCUCUGAUGUGAUGACGCAAGAAUCACAUGAGCAGCCGGCGGGUGAAUAUUCAUCAGGGAAGGACGUAAACAGCAGUGUAGAGAGCCCCGGGGAUGCUGCGGGGGCAGGCCACCUCCCCCCUCUGGCCGGGGAAGGGCACCCCGAUGGCGAAAUAAGCAGAGGUGGUGAUAUUGCCAACGCCCCGGGCGUCAAGGGUCUCGGGGAGUCACUAGUUUGCGAAGAGCUCCCUGAGAAAGGUGUAGGGGAAACGAGAGCUCCCGAUAGCACCUCAGUUCAGGAAGGGUAUGCUGACCACUCGCCGCGAACGAACGAGUGCGCUGACACUACCCAGGCAGCCCAGAAUUCGAGAGUUUUAAAAAAUCGUCCAAACGACGGUGCAGGAUGCAAGGAAUCGGAGGACAUCAUAGCGGCGUGGGACAGCCACAUCCUGCAACAUCUCGAGAAGGACAGUCAUAGAGACGUCGACUUUGACAUUUUCAAAGUUGAAUCUGACGUCUUUGAGACUUCUGAAAACAAUACGACAGAUAUGGAAAAACAAAACCGUUUCGACGAGUCCGUUUCUCACGUUGAGUCCAAAGGUAUACCAGGUGGUGUCCAGAAUAAAUGUGAAAACAAUAACAAUUCUACAACACGUGAAGGAGAAUAUAUAAGAGGAACAGAAUUCGUAGACGUGGGAGACAAAGGUGGAGUUUCGUUAGUGUCAGAAACGAUGGACGAAAGAAAGUCUGUGCCAGUGUUAGAGGGCGUGAAAGAUGCUAUCGAUGAGCUGAAGAAAAGAAGUAACAAUAAAGAUGAAGUUGAUACAUUGUCUGGGGAAGGACUAAUGACCGAGAAAAACACCUUAGGCAUAACGGGGGAGAGUAACCGAACGAAGGAAGAGGCGGAGGAAAGAAACCCGGAAAAGGAAAAAGAUAAGGAGGAAGAAGUAGACAAUCAUGAAGAGGAAAUGAAGGAAGAGAAAGAUGAAAGGAUACAGAAUGAGGGAAAACAGAGUAGACAAGAAGUAGUCAAAGGGAAGGAAAUACAGGAAACAAUGGAAAGUAAGACAAUGCAGGAGAAAGAGGAGAAACAUGAGGAUGAAGAUAAAGAAAACCAGAUAAAAGAGGAAGAGAAGGAGCAAAGAAAAGUCAAUGCAGAGGACAAACAAGAAAAUCAGAAAGAGGAAAUAAAGGAGAAGGAAAACGGGGGAAAACAGAACGAGCAUGAAAAUCAGAAGGUAACGGAUAAGGACAGACGCAACGACGACAAUAAGAACACAGAGGAGGAAGAUAACCAAAACGAACGCAAGGAAGGUAAACAAGAGCAGGAAAAACAAGAGAGACGAGAGGAGGCGUUAGAACACGUCCCGCGGGGCUCCGAGGGGGAGAAGGAGGCCACUGAACAGGAUGUAAAGAAAGUAGAAAACGAUGCCAGCGAUGGACCGCCGACGUCUGAAGGAUCGGAAGAAAGCAGUGCUGGGGAAAUGAAGCACCAGCCUCCUUCAGGCGAGGAGGCCGAGGUGGAGAAUCGUCUUGAUAUUUGCGUUGCAGAUGCUGAAGAAGGCGCAGUCGAGGAGGUCGAAGGGAAGGGAUGUAAUUUUCGUGUGCUGUUGGGUAAUUUAGCGAAAGCCGAUUUCGAGGCACUCCUCCGUGCAAAGUAUUCCGACUACGACCCCAACAAGCCGCCUCCUAAGCCAAAAAGGUUGUUCUUGAGGAGGCUGUCCAGCGAUCCUAAUAUGAAAGACAAGAUGGCGCAGCAAGUAGAAAAUGACAAAAUUCUGGCUGCCAUCCAGAAUGGGCAAGCCCCGAAACCCCCCGCGAGAGUAAAGAGAAGAAAGCAAAGUCCUAUGCAAGCUUCUCUUCCUCCGCCUUCGCAGGAUAGACCAGUCCCCCCUGAAGCCUUAGUCGCAAACGAAAACGACGCCCCGGAGACGAGAGAAAACGGAGAUUGUGGGUCAAGUUCGUCGAGUGUUGUUGGGUAUGAGGAGGAGAGGGGAGGAUGGGGAGGGGCAGCCUCCACCCCCUCUACCCUGGUCGAUACCCUGGGUAUACUUUCUGUCGCUGUGCCAGAACCACGUGAGGGAAGUAAUGGCCGCCCUGAAGCGAAUGCUAAGUGUUCGGGUAAUGAAAGGGUCGCGGAGUCAUGUGAGGCCGGCACGAGGACGAUGCACGGGGAAUAUUUAGAAGGAGGUAAACAUGAGGAGGAGGGAGAGGAAGGAGAGCGAGAGAAGGAGAAUGAAGGAGAGGAAGAGCGAGAAAAGAAGGAAGGUGCCAUCGAAAAAGAGAAGAUCGAAGAAAGUCAGCGCACGAAAGACAAAGAAAACGAGGCAUUCGAAGAGACCAUAAAAUACGAAGACGAACUGCUCGAGGGCGACACCAGCAACGUCGUCGAGGAGUUAAUGGACAUCAUCAGCAGUCUUGAUGGCGACAGAACCCCUCCCCCGUGCGUGAUAAACGAGGACAACAGAGAUAAGACAUCAUCUGUUUCUUCUGAACUGACGCAGAGCAGCCCCGACACGCCUGAUACUGCUUGUGCAACGUCUGCAAUGAACUUGAGAAACACCGAGACGCCGGAGAUGUAUGUUCAGGCCAGCAGUAAAGAGGGAGAGAUUGAGAAACACCAAGCCGUAAUGGAGGGUGAGAUUACGACACAUGGAAAUGAGAAAAACACAGAAGGCAAGGUCGGAAUAGAGAAUGAGGGUGAUAAAGAGGGUAAUGUCAGAGACGAGGGGAAUGAAAAGAAGGAGAAGGAGAAGGAGGAGGCGGAGGAGGAGAGACAGGGUGCUAGUCAUGAGGCAAUUAAGUGUGACACAACUCUACAGAAGCCCAUUAAUGAGGGACGUGACGAGGUCUCCCAUGAGGCUCCUCGACCUCCAGUGAGGAAGAAGAGAAAUCCGUCCAUCAGAUCGACUCGCGAGGGGGCGCCGGCGACUCCCCCUACGCCCCGCGACAACCAGGAAGCGACUCCCCCGCCGGUCCCGCUACGAACUUACCGGGGAUACUCGUCCCUUCCCCGACCUGCCAAGAGCCAGAGCAGGUCCUCGCCCACGCCCCACGACGCCCGCGCUCCGCCCCGCACCAAGAGAGUGGCAAGAUCAGCUUCUACGGCCACUUGUAGCAACAGGCCCCAGGUCACGCCCAGACCGACCGCCUCCGCCUCCGGGUCACCUCAGAUGAGACCGGCGUCCGCGGACAGAGACAGCAGCGACGGAGACUCGGUGAAGAGAGUCCAUAUCACUUCACUAGUAACACCCCGACUCAGGCGUAUAAAAACGUUCCUCGUGACUCCGGUUUCGCCUAAAAACGGGCCGAGGAAAACGUUCCAGAUCAACCCAUGUUUAUCCCAGAGCGCACCCUCCGUUCAGGACAGUUCAGAUGCACAGAUAAGCGCUGCUCAAGAAGCCCCAUUAAAACCCCAAGAUACGAUCCAGGACACUGCUGAUAAACAACAAGAUGCAAGCCAGGUCAUCCCAACCCAAACGAGCGAGGUCACUCCAGAGGACACCCCAGAGGUCACCCCAGAGGUCACUCCAGAGGUCACCCCAGAGGUCACCCCAGAGGUCACUCCAAAAGUCACCUCCGAAAACAUCAAUCGCGACGUGAACUAUGGCACGCCCGAGGAGACCCGCCGCCCCCUCCGUGUCAAGUUGCCGGAUGAGCCGCUGCCGAGGAGAGGCCCCGGCAGCGGCAUCCAGCGGAAAAACACGCCGCAUAUCCGAAAGCGUUACCACACCAUUGCCGACGGGACGGCGGGCCAGAAACGCACGAGGGAGAACUCUGUAAAGAGGCACGGGUCUCUCAGGGCAAUCAAGUACCUUACGCUGCCCAACACCGUCCUCAAGAAGUUGAAAAACAAUACGAAGAAAGAGGAGGUGCCGCCUAUUUCAUGUCUGCCAAGGAUCUUCGGGCGAAAGCAGAGAUCUUACGACAUGACGGGCUCUGUGUUCUCCCGAGCCGAGAUCCCAGAGCUAACCCCGGAGAACGACCCCCACGCUGCAGAGGGCGCCAAGAACGCCUCUCGAACUCCCGAGGGCUCUGAAGAAGGCUUCUCCACCAUCUUCAACUUCUUCACCGCCUUGGAGUUCGCCGACGACAAGGAGAGUCGACCGCCCAUAUUCACGGACGUCGAAUUGCGUUACAUCAUGAAGGACGGUCAGAAGAGAAGCAGUUACCCCUCGUGCGACACUCCGGAAGUGCCCAAGAGGAAGCGCAAGAAGGGCCUCGAUUCCCCGAUUUUCGACAUGAAGGCCCUCAUCAGCGAGGGGAAACCUGAGGAGAUACCUGCUUCCCCUCAGCCGGAAGAGUCAGAAACCACCACGAGAGACGACGACAAGGCAAGCGACGACGGAAUCCGAAACGAACUACCAAUCAACGACGAGGAGAUGACAUGCACUCAGGACGAGGCGAUCGACCUCUCCCUCGACGACCUGCCGAAAAACCCCUUCGACGACAGCGGCAUAGGAUUAGGCUUGGGCGAAACCGAGGACGAGGACACGCCCAAAGGAAUCCCCAUCCCACCCGCCCGCGAGCCGCCCGCGGUGCAGAUCCAGACGUGGGCAGAGCGGCAGGGGCAAAGGGGACUCGAGCUUCCCCGUCUCUACCUCCGCGGGCUGCCUGAGGACAAGGGACCCAAGGCUGACCUCAGUGUAGACUUGGGAGAGGAGAGCGAAAGUGAGGAAGAAGAAGACACUCCUUCUCCGGGCCCGCCUGUGGAACCCGAGAAGGAGGACCACCACCACCACCACCACCAGGACGCCUCGGGAGAGAAGAAGAGGGAGGAGGACAGGAUUCAGAAGGACAGGUGUAUCGAAGUCUACCCUGAAACCGUGAGACAGCGACAGAGGAACAUGAUGGCGUCGCCCAAUAAGGUGGACAUCAAGAACUGGAACUCGGGCGUCGGCAGCGACAGCAACCAGAACAGCCCGUCGAAGGUGAAGAAGUUCCUGCCGUCGGUGAAGGCGCUGAGGAACCAGUUCGAGACCGGCAAGACCAGCAACGGCAAGGCCUCCGAGACCGCCACCAACGGCCACCACCAGACCUCCAACGGGACCAACGGCAGCACCCUCAACCGCAAGACCUCGAGCUCGACCUCGUCCCUCGCCAGCUCGACCUUGGAGAAGACCAGCAGUACCACGAGCCUCAACUCCGGCGGCGGCUCCUGCGAAAACCUCCUGAGUCCCUGCGUCCGCCUGGCCGAGAAUGGCCGCCCGCAGCAGAUCAUCGACCCCGACGAGCCCGUGGAGCCCAUCUUCAACCAGUUCAAGAAGGUGGACGAGGAGCUGCGGGAGCUGAUGAGCAAACCGCCCUCCACCAGCGGAUGGAACCCGCGCCCUCUGCUGAAACGCCUCUACUACAUCCCCGACGCCCCCAAAGUACAGAGUCAAGGUACCACCUACGUGAACAUCGAGGGAUACCUGGAGAAGCUUCCGUCUGGGCGAAAGAAAGCCACCUUUUGGAACGCCUGGAAGCGACGUUACUUCGUGGCCAAAGAGGGAGUGCUUUAUUACUACCAGAAUCCUCAAGCAGAUAAACCCAGCAUGAAGAUGACUCUGAUGGGAGGCAAAGUAGAGUGUAUGGAACCCAACAUGGUCGGCGUCGAUGAUGGGAAGGGCCACUACGUCGUGGUGAGAUGCAGCUCUCGUCAGGAGGCCGAGCGAUGGCGCAGGGCCCUCGAGACGCACACGGUCGAGGACUUCGCCAGCCAAUACGUACAGCCCUGGCCCGUCCCCAACGACCCUGCGCUCCUCAGGGACACCCUUGUCAUUGACCUGGGCUCCUGCUCCGUCAGGGCGGGUGUCCUCGCCUCGCAGGCCACCUUGCCCCAGCUGUUCCUUCCCUCGGUGGUGGCGACGGAGCGAGAGUCACGGCGCCAGAUCUGGGGAUACGACGCCCUCACGCCCGACGUCCGCUCCGCCUCCACCAUCUCGUUCCCCGUCCGGCCCUCGCACAAAAUUACGAAGUACUCUGUAGACCUGAGUGCCGUCUCAAGUCUCCUACAGAAGACCUUCGCCGACCUGAGGGUAGACCCCAAGAACUACCACCUGCAGCUCUCCGUCCCUCGCGUCCUCAACUCCAGCACGCAGACGGAGCUCCUGCGGGUUCUCUUCGACAAGUUCGGCGUCAAGUCCGUUAACCUCACACACCAGUCCAUCCUCGCGCUCUACGCCUACAAUGCCACUUCCGGGAUCGUCGUGGACAUCGGCGAGAGGAUGGAUAUCGUGCCCGUCAUCGAUGGGUACAUCGUGGACGGCGGCGUGUCAAGAGUUCCCUACGGCGGAUACCGGAUACUGGAUCACCUUCGGCAGUUCUUGUACAUGAGGAACGUCUCCCUCAUCAACGAAGUCGAGAGUUACAUCAUCAGACAUGUGUUGGAGAAUAUCUGUUACUGCGCCCACCACUACAACACAGAGAAGGCCCGCUGCGCCAACAACCCCGACAACUUCGAAAAGGGCGUCUCCCUCUCAGAAUACUUCCACAACAAAGACUGCCCUUACGAAAAUAUCUCUCUCGACUUCGGACGAUUCCAAGCCACGGAAGGGCUCUUUAACCCCGACGCUUGGGGUCUGGAUCACCCCGGACUCCACAAACUAGUAUACAAGGCUAUAAUGGAGUGCAGCAUGGACAUCCGAAAGGAGAUGAGCAGGAGCAUCUUCUUGGCCGGAGGAGUGACGCAGCUUCCAGGCCUCGUGGACAGACUCACCACCGAGAUCGACAACCUCACGCCCCCCGCUAUUAGACCCAAGGUCCACGCUUCGCCUUACCGGUACCACGCGGCGUACAUCGGGGCGUGCGUGUUAGCCGAGUCCCCUGGUUUCGUGCAGUCCCGUGUCACCAGAGAGGAGUGGAAUAAACAGGGUCCCGCCGCUCUUCGCAAGUGGUCGUUGUAGAGAGGAAACGCACCGGAGCGAUGUGUUUUGAGCUUUUAUAUAGAGAGGGAUUAUUAUUGAUGAUAAUAAUUUUCCUUCUUUUUUUUUUUUUUGGUCACGGAUCGCUAGUUAGGCGCCGAGAACGUGGUGUUGACGUUUUCUCGGUUGUUUGUUAUUGUUUUGUUUCGUUUGCGUGAAGGAGGAAAAGGAGAAGAAGGAGGAGGAGAGAUAAACGAAGAAGAUGGAGCGAGCGUAGUCCCUCGUUUCACUUAAGGAAGAUACGUGAAUCACCUUUCUUUUUAUUAUAAAGUCUUGGCUUAACUGCACUGUACAAUUGCUGUGAUUAAUUGUAUGAAUAAAGCGUUGGGAGACAGAUAUGGGAAGGAAAGAAAGCGAUGAUGAAAAUGGAAAUGGAGAAACGAGAAGAGGAGAAGUCAGAAGGAGAGACAGAGAUAGAGAAAAAGAGAGAGAGAGAAAGAGAGAAGUCGAAAGGAGAGACAGAGAAAAAAGGAAGCAACUGUUAUUUAUAAUACUGCAUUGAGGUUCCUGUCUCUCGUGGUAUUUAGUUAAGGACUAAAUAUCAUGCUUUUCCCGCCUCCACCCCCCCUCCUCCCAAAUACCCCAACCCCCCUGAAAGAGAUGCACUGAAUCUGUUUUAAUAUUUUCUUAUUUAGUUUUUCUCUUUCUUUCGUUAACCCUUUUAUUUUAUUGUCAAUAUUUGCUUGAUAGGAAUUAGUGUUUUGUGUUGAAUGGCGUCCCUCUUAGAUUAUGAAAUAUUUUUUUCGUAUCGAUUUAUAUAUAUAUAGAAAUGAUAUAUAUAAAAUAUCCCUUUUUUGUAUAUUUCAUAAUGGCAUAUAUGUUUAUAUAUGAGUGAGUUUUCAUCCUAAGCACAAAUCACGAGUGAUUUAGUUUUUUUUUCUUCUACGUGAAAUGUCUACAUAAAACAUGGUCGUAUGAAACCAUAUGGGGAAAAAUAACCCCAAAAAACACACGACCUGGAAACUAAACAUAACACGAGACAUCAAAAAAGAAAAAAUAUAUAUUUUUUUCUUUUUUUUUUCAACCCCAGCACAUUCCAAGUCUCCACCAUUUCUAACUUCGAAUAAUUCCAACUUAGAAAUAUGAUUUAGAUGAUCUAUUUUACCUAUUUUCUACUCCAAAAGUUAACAAUGAACGACCUUUCAGAAGCUUAUUAACGGCACAGGCUGUAGACUUUUGUGUGGGUCCGCUAACCUAUGCUAAAAGAAAGGUUUUUUUUUUAAGCACUCAGUGUUCCUCAAAAGUUGUAUAAUUUGUACAUACGAUUCCUAGGUAAGGGAAAGGUUAACUUAUUUUUCAUUAUGUAUUAUACAUCUGCAGUUGUUUACUUAUCUCAAAUAUAUUUGUAUAUGAGAAU